AGUGGCCAGCUUUCGUCGCAUAGCACCCGCGCGGUCCUCGGCAGGCUGCAGCCUACCACAAGGCCGGCCCGGAAACCAUCGUCAAUUCCGUUACUGGCUGGCGCAGAGCGCUUAACCUGCGUUUGAAUCAUAGUGAAAUCAAGCGAUAUUCUUGUGCACAAUGAACAGCUUGGCGAACGGACAACAAAUGGAAAUUUCGCACUUCACAGCGUUAUCAUGCUCGGAAGACGUCGGCGCUUCAAAAGAUAUUAUCAUGCCCGACAUGCCCUACAUGGCUGAAUGAAAGUCUCUUUAUAUAGCGCAGCGCAGCGCCUACCGACAGCGUCCGGCUCUGACCUGCCCGCGUAGUACAGUGGCAAACACGCUCGACCCACAUCAUCCUUAGCAGCGCUCGCCACUAGAUACAAUCACAUCGUAGGCCGCAAAAAACAGCGACGCGAGAGCGGGACUCCCGCGCAGGAGCUGUGGGAACUAUGCCGCGCAGCUUGUUCGGCAUACUGGAACGACUAAACUUUGGCGCUGAUGGCAUGUCAAAAGCUAAUGUUAUCAACCAGCCCAGGAUGAGCACCGGCAACCUCGUUUUUGCUCCGCAUGAGGAGCCACAUUCUGGCGCUGACAGUCUUCCAUCUACGAAGGGCACCGCUCUGAGCCCAACAGCAUGCGAAGUCAGCGCGGCAAUGAUAGAAGUCCAUGCGGAGGGCUGCAGGGUUACCACCCCUUUGAUGCCGGUGCAUGGGCUGCCGUUCCUGGAUAGCCCCCAAGUUUCAUCCGGCGGAAACACACCGCGCGGCCCCUACUGCACGGGCGGCGGUCACGGGGAGCUGGUGACACGAACCGGUGGCACCGCUACACGCGGCGCCGGCUUCACGAGCGGGCUGCAAUCCCCUGCCGCUGCAGGAGGCAGCCCCGGGGUCGUAACGUCGACGGUGGCUCGGGAGCGAUCGCGAUCACUUGUGGCACAGACCGCGGUGCGCCGGUGGUCGCAGUCGCAGCAUGCGGGCCUCGAUUCCGGCCAGCUGCUGCUGCUGUCCGAGGCGGUAGCAGGCGUGGCGGCGGGGGCGGGGGCGCCGCCACCCGCCGCGAGCUCAGGCUACUCUCGAUCAUUCCACUGCAGCGGCGACGGCCGGCUCGAUGUACCCAGCGGCGGCGCGAACCUCUACUGCACCUCCUUACCCGUGCGAGCGCAAGCCCCUAUCCGCCGCGCUUACACGUGUGAGGCAUCCGGCCUGUCGCCGCUGUCGCCGCCCUCAUCAGCGCCAGCCUCGGCCGCGGCGCUGCCACAGUCCGUGCGCAGCGCCACCACCAUGACGCCACCGGCGUCAGUCAGCUCGCCGCUGGGUGCGCCGCCCAUAGGUUCGGGGCGGCUGCAAGGCCCCUUUGAUGAUGCUGGCGGCAGCGGCAACGCAAGCAGCCCUGUGCCAGUCGCCGCCGGCGGUGUGCCGUCGCGCCGGCGGUACAGUCAGUAUGACAACUCCCAAAUAGCGGAGCAGCCGCACCAGCCGCCGCCCGCAACCUCGCGCCACUACCAGUCGCGCUAUGCUCAUCCCCCGGAGCUGGCACUUCCGGCGCAGGCGCGGCAGGAUGAGGCAGCUGGCGAUGGCCACGGCCUGACGGGAAUACGGCUGGGCUCUCCUUCGGGCGGCAAUGGCGCCGGCGCCGCCGGACAGCCCCAUUCACCCCACCGCGACCCGCAGCUCCAGCUCCAGCACCACUACCAUCCCAGCUACUUGCCGUCUUCGAUGUCCGCUCCCAUGCCGCCGUCUCUGCCGGCGGUGGCGGAGUCAGUGCUGGAGGGACCCGGCAGCGCCGACACGCAUCACGGCGCCGCAGCCGUAGCCGCAGCUGCUGCCACCGCGACACGUCUUGUGCCGCCCUCAGCCCCCGUCGUGCCUGCUGCUGCAGCGCUGUCGCGUCUUGCGGUCAGUGCUGGCGGCAGCCGACCGGAUGCCAUUCCGAAUGGCACUGCCCCAGCUGCUGACGCAGCACCGGUGGCUCCCACGAUGGACUCGCGCAGCACGACGGCCUCCACCACAACUGUAGCCGUGGCACCGCAGCGGCGGCGCACCCAGCCCGCACCUGGCCAGCAGCAGCAGCAGCAGGCUGAGGUGGCGGCUCACAGCUGCAGCCCAUUCGCCACAGAAAACUCGCCAGCGACGGACAGCACGCGACCGCAGGCUCAGGGGCAGGCGGCGGGGGCGCCACCCACCGUGGCGGCGGCCGCUUUACCGACCACUGCGGCAGGCGGGGCUGGCGCCAGUCCUCGUGCUGGUGCGGGCGGGCCACGGCGUGAUUCAAGUGCGAGUGAUGUCGAUUCCUGCUGUGUGGUUGACGACACACCCUUUUCUCCAGCAUCCACCGCGCCUGUGUCCUCCUUCUCAGCGGCUUACAACAUCCGGCUUGCCACUGGUAGCUUCUGCCAUCCGCCGGAGCGCUCGUCCGUCCUGUCCGCAGCUGCAGCAACGGACCUGUGCCGACCUCUCCAGCACCAGCCUGCCGGUCAGGCGCUGUCAUCAACACAGCAGCUCCUGCACGAGCAAUCACAGCAGCCGCAGCAGCUGCAGCCGCAGCUACAGCCACAGCACCUGCAGCCGCAGCAGGCAGCGCCCGCCCACUGCUUGGAGGCGUCUAGGCCUCCGCCAGGGCCGGCGCAGGAGCAGCCGUCGGCUGCGGGCGCGAAGACGUGUGCUGCUGCUGAGCACGCGUCAGCAGCCGACGAUGUGAAGCCGCAACGCCCAAGGGACUGGAUCGGGGACGCGGGCGGCAAGUGCCCGGUGCGGGAGGUCCCGCGUGACGGACUGCUGUACCUGUCUCCGGCUGCGCCUGCGGGCCUUGUACGGCGGCGCGAACGACCGUGGAGCACGAACGACUACGAGGUCACGCGCAAGCUCUAUGCUGGGUACGCGAGUUCCGUUUUCAAGGCCAGCAGCCCGCACGCGGGCGAUGACGUGGUCCUCAAGGCCUACAACUUGUCCGGGCUGUCCACCUUCCUGCGGCACCAAGUCCUGCGCGAACUGGACAUCCACGCGCGCCUGUCUCACACAUCCAUCGUGCACCUGAUUGCGGCGUUUAAGGAGGGCGAUAUCCUAGUGAUGGUGCAGGAGUACGUGCGCGGCGGCAGCCUGGACCGCGUGCGCCGCAAGCUGGGCGGCCGCAUGACGGAGUUCCAGGCCAUGCACCUGGUGCUGCUGCCUCUGCUGAACGCGCUGGUCUACCUGCACGGCCGCGGCAUCGUGCACAGGGACAUCAAGCCGGAGAAUCUGCUCUUUACGCCCGAGUGGCAGCUGAAGCUGUGUGACUUUGGCGUGUCCAUCUGCCUGCAUGAGGAGCGCGCGGUCACCAAGACAGGCUCAAAAGAGUACAUGGCGCCGGAGGUUGUGGUGUGCCCGCUGAAGCGCGGGCCCGAGGACAACAAGGACAACGCCCAGAUGGCCUACACGCCGGCCGUGGACGUGUGGAGUCUGGGGGCGCUCAUGUACGAGGUGCUGGUGGGCUUCACGCCCUUCCCCGGCGGCCCGCCCCCUCGGAACGGCGGGGGCCCUGCCGCCCAGCUGCGCUUCCCCUCGAGCGUGUGCGAGCCCGCCCGCGCGCUUGUACGGUCGUGCCUGCAGCUGCACCCCGGCGACCGGCCCACGGUUCACGAGCUGCUGCGGCACGAGUGGGUUGUGACCUCCCUGGAGAGCGUUGCCCAGUGAAGGUCUGAAAAUAACCGAGAUCUCAAGCGACUACGGUGAUCUAUGAGUGAUCUGCGCAAUCGAGAAGCAGGAGUGAAGCCGCCGCGAUUACGGCUGCAUGUGAAGGCUUGCAUGUGCUGGUUGUGCUGUCGGGCUGCUUUCCGGACGAAUGGAGAGAUGUGGGAGGUAACAAACUCGUCGGGCGCGUACCGGAGGUCUGGGGCUUUCGUCAAUACCGUACGUAAGAUGUCUGGCAUGCGUCGACCGUAUUACUGGGAUCCUCUGCCGACGACACAUUACACUCCACACCCUGGGGGACCCUCUGCCCCUGCAGAAGGGGCCGAGGUUAGUAGGCACUUAAAAAUGCAUGUUACGACUGCAUGGCCGUCAUGCCAUAUAUGCCAUCAUGGUUGGGGCUGCACCCAAUAAGAUGAAGGUCCAGCAUGGCCACUUCUACUAUUCCUACAUGGCCUCGGUUGUGUGAUCUAUGCCAUUCAUGCACUGGAAGAAUAUCGGUGGCUUUCAAGCCACCCCAACUAUGACUUGAAGGGAGAGAAUCGUCUGGAGACAUAGUAAACUACUACACCAUGCGGUAUGAAGGUGCUUUGACACAAGCACGCCUGCUGAGAAAAGCGGAAUAUGGUGGUGAAUGUGUACGUGCGAGAGAGAGUGAUAGCAGUAUGUUUCCCAUGUGCAUGGUUUCAACUCCUACAUAUUGGAGUGUCAUGGGGCGUGAUGAAAUUGCAGAACCAGUGCAUGGUGCACGGCUUUCGCACCCAUGAAGUAGUUUUGAUGCCUUCGGCCUCAGACGUUGCACCAACGUGGUGUUGGCGCAGCCCACUUUUCCCUUGAGAGGCAGAUCAACAUCAUGCCGUUUUGGCCGCGUCCUUCAUUAUUCAGCGCCAGACUGCCAGUGCAAUGCCAACUUGCCAAGGAAUUCCCGUGCACUUGAGCCAGGGGAGAGGGUGUCGGCACGGCACUCAGUUGGGCUCGCUCUCACGCUCUGCUGAGGAACGCUGCGUUGGAAACCUGGAAGGGUGGCCUAGGCGCUCCGUGUGAGAGUCGUGUGUAGCGGGCCGUCCCAGCGCUACUGGACACCUGGGCGCGGCAGCCGGAUGGCUGCUGGGGUGGAGUCCCGGGUCUGCUGGAUGGCCGGGCCGAGGCUGCCGCUGACCGAGCAACCAAUGCGUGGGUUGGACCGGCCCAGCACUGUUGGAUGACCGGUCGGUCAGGUCGUUCUCAAGCAGGCAGGUGAUGUGGCUGGAUGCCCGCGACGAUCGAC